AUGUUCCUCUUCAUUUUUCUGUCCUUGUGGACUCCUCUGGUGAUGGGCAGGGAGGAAGGUGGUUCUGGGAGUGAGGAGGGAGUUGGGAAGCAAUGUCAUCCCAGCCUGCCUCCCCCCUGCCUCUCCGGAUCUCCCAGUGUCCAGCCCUGGGCACAGCCUGACCACAGCCAGCUGUUUGCAGACCUGAGCCGAGAAACGCUGACGGCUGUGAUGUCUUUCAUGACCUAGAAUCUGGGGCCAGACUUGGUGGAUGAGACCCAGGGCCAACCCUCAGACAACUGUGUCCUCUCUGUAGAGGUGCAGCUGCCCCCCAAGGCUGCAGACCUGGCCCACCUGGACUGGGGGAGCCCCCCACUUGCCCGGGAGGCACUGGCCAUCAUCUUCUCUGGCAGAGCAUCCCAGCCCAAUGUGACUGAGCUGGUGGUGGGGCCGCUGCCCCAGCCCUCCUACAUGUGGGAUGUGACUGUGGAGUGUCAUGGGGGCCCCCUGCCCUAUCACCAAUGCCCUGUGAUUCUCCCAGAGUCCCUGGACAUAGACCAGAUGAUCUUGGACAGAGAACCACCCCAGGCUGCUGGUGUCCUCCACCACUGCUGCCCCUAUGACCAACGAGGAUAGAACCUGGUGACCCUGAACUCAGCUCACCGUGGGUCACGGUCAGGGGACAGGCCCACCAAGUUCGGCCUCUACUAUAACAUCGUGAAAGGUGGGUCUUACCUGCACCUUGUGGGGCUGGCGCUGCAUGUAGACCACAAGGCUCUGGACCCUGCCCAGUGGACCAUCCAGAAGGUGUUCUUUCAGGGCCGCUACUAUGAGAGUCUGGCCCAGCUGGAGGAGCAGUUUGAGGCUGGCCAGGUGAAUGUGGUGGUGAUCCCAAACAAUGGCACAGGUGGGUUCUGGUCCCUGAAGUCCCAGGUGCCCCCGGGUCCAGCUCCCCCUCUGCAGUUCCAUCCUCAGAGCCCCUGCUUCAAUGUCCAGAGCAAUCGAGUGUCCUCCUCAUUAUGGACUUUUUCGCUUGGCCUCAGAGCUUUCAGUGGUCCUAAUUUUGACAUUUGAUUACAAAGAGAAUGACUGGCUUAUGAGAUCAGCCUACAAGUGGCGAGCACUGUUUAUGGUUGGGAAUACCCCACAGCAAUGUUCACUCGCCCUAUGAAUAGUGGCAUUGGCAUGGGUUACUUCCCCACACCCCUGAUUCGUGUAGAGUGCCCCUACCAGGCCAGCUACCUGGACUGGCACUUCGUUGUGGAGUCCCAAGCCCCCAAGACACCACAUGACGCCUUUUGUGUGUUUGAGCAGAACAAAGGUCUGCCCCUGAGGCGACAUCACUCGGAUUUUCUUUCCCACUACUUUGGGGGCGUUGUGGAGACAGUGCGCCUCAGGUCUGUGUCCACGAUGCUCAAGUAUGACUAUGUGUGGGAUUUGGUCUUCUACCCCAACGGGGCCAUAGAAGUCAAAUUCCAUGCCACGGGCUACAUCAGCUCAGCGUUCUUCUUUGGUGACGCCCAAAGAUGCGGAAACCAGGUUGGGGAAAAAACGCUGGGCGCCAUCCACACCCACAGUGCCCACUACAAGGUGGAUCUGGACGUGGGAGGACUUGAUAACUGUGUCUGGACUGAGGACAUGGCUUUUGUCCUGAUGGUACCCUGGAGCCCUGCGCACCAGACACAGAGGCUGCAGGUGACCCGGAAGCAGCUGGAGACCAAGGAGCAGGCCGCCUUCCCCCUGGGAGGGGCCUCCCCUCGCUACCUGUACCUGGCCAGCAACCAGAGCAACAAAUGGGGGCACCCUUGUGGCUAUCGCAUCCAGACGGUCAGCUUUGCUGCGGGGCCGCUGCCCCAGAACAGCUCCAUGGAGAGAGAGGUCAGCUGGGGGAGGUACCAGCUGGCCGUGACCCAGAGGAAGGAGACAGAGCCCAGCAGCUCCAGCGUCUUCAACCAGAAUGACCCCUGGACUCCCACCGUGGACGUUACUGACUUCAUCAACAAUGAGACCAUUGCUUGAAAGGACUUGGUGGCCUGGGUGACAGCCGCUUUCCUGCACAUCCCACAUGCAGAGGACAUUCCAAACACGGUGACAGUGGGGAAUGGUGCGGGCUUCUUCCUGCGACCCUACAACUUCUUUGACCAUGAGCCAUCCGUCAGUUCUGACUCCAUCACCCAGGAAGUCCAGGAUGCUGGGUCCUACUAGGUCAACUCCCUGGCUUGCCUGCCCCAGGCUCCUGCCUGUGUCCCUGACCUCCCUGCCUUCUCCCACGCGGGCUUCUUCCAGAACUAGGUGUUCCCUGGGAUGGGGAAUGAGAAUGGGGCUCCAGGGUCUGGGAGUGUGGGGAGAAGGGCCAGGAACUGGGGAGCCUGUGCCCUCUUCUCCCUCCUCACCCCCAGGGUCCUCUCUCUCCUCCAUCGUCCUCCCUUGCUUACCACCUCGCUGGGAUCAUCCUGAAGCUAUGCUGCCUGAAUCAGGGGCUUCUCAGCUCUGUGCACCCCAACAAGCUGGGUUCCUGUCACAGAGGAGAGGAAUGGUCAGAUGAGAGUCUGGAGUCAUGGUUACACCUUUCUAGAAGACUCCUCAGUUUGGUGUUUUUCAUUUUCUUUUCUUUGGUCUUUGCUUUCUGCUUUCCCCAGAUCGUUUUAGGCCAUGCCAGGUCUCUCUUGAAACUCCCCAGUCCUCACCUGGGAGGAGAGGAUGCGGGGUCUCUCUGGGGCUGGUUGCCUAGAGGCCCUGGGCAGGGUUCCUGGCAGGCUUGUGAAUCCAGGAGUCCAGCCGGAAGGGGCUCUUUGGCACAUGUUUCCUCUCAUCCUGGUUCUCCUUCUC